GUCUCCUGUGAGCAGCCUCCAUGAGGCCCUGGAGCAGUGCAUGACAGCCCUGGACCUCUUCCUCACCAACCAGUUCUCAGAAGCACUCAGCUACCUCAAGCCCAGAACCAAGGAGAGCAUGUACCACUCACUGACGUAUGCCACCAUCCUGGAGAUGCAGGCCAUGAUGACCUUCGACCCCCAGGACAUCCUGCUUGCAGGCAACAUGAUGAAGGAAGCCCAGUCACUGUGUCAGAGGCACCGGAGGAAGUCAUCUGUGACGGACUCCUUCAGCAGCCUGGUGCACCGUCCCACUAUGGACCAGUUCACAGAAGAGGAGAUCCACGCAGAAGUCUGUUAUGCAGAGUGCCUGCUGCAGAGAGCAGCCCUGACCUUCCUGCAGGAUGAGAACAUGGUGAGCUUCAUCAAGGGUGGCAUCAAAGUUCGAAACAGCUACCAGACCUACAAGGAACUGGACAGCCUGGUCCAGUCCUCGCAGUACUGCAAGGGAGAGAGCCACAGACACUUUGAAGGAGGGGUGAAGCUCGGCGUGGGAGCCUUCAACCUGACGCUGUCCAUGCUUCCUACCAGGAUCCUGCGGCUGCUGGAGUUUGUGGGGUUUUCAGGAAACAAGGACUAUGGGCUGCUGCAACUGGAGGAGGGCGCGACGGGGCACAGCUUCCGCGCGGUGCUCUGCGUCAUGUUGCUGCUCUGCUACCACACCUUCCUCACCUUUGUGCUCGGUACUGGGAAUGUCAACAUCGAGGAGGCAGAGAAGCUGCUGAAACCCUACCUGAGUCGAUACCCCAAGGGUGCCAUCUUCCUGUUCUUUGCUGGUCGGAUUGAAGCCAUCAAAGGCAACAUUGAUGCUGCCAUCGGGCGGUUCGAGGAGUGCUGUGAGGCCCAGCAGCACUGGAAGCAGUUCCACCACAUGUGCUACUGGGAGCUGAUGUGGUGCUUCACCUACAAGGGUCAGUGGAAGAUGGCUUACUUCUACGCCGACCUGCUCAGCAAGGAGAACUCCUGGUCCAAGGCCACCUACAUCUACAUGAAGGCCGCCUACCUCAGCAUGUUUGGGAAGGAGGACUAUAAGCCAUUUGGGGAUGAUGAGGUUGAGUUAUUCAGGGCUGUGCCAGGUUUGAAGCUCAAGAUUGCUGGGAAAUCUCUACCCACGGAGAAGUUUGCCAUCAGGAAGUCCAGGCGCUACCUCUCUCCCAACCCUGUCUCAUUGCCAAUACCUGCUCUGGAAAUGAUGUACAUCUGGAAUGGAUAUGCUGUGAUUGGGAAGCAGCCGACGCUCACAGACGGGAUGCUUGAGGUCAUCACUAAGGCUGAAGAGAUGCUGGCAGCUGGCCAAGAGAAUGAGUACUCAGCUGAUGAUGAGUGUUUGGUCAAAUUGUUGAAAGGGCUGUGUCUGAAAUACCUGGGCCGUAUCCAGGAGGCAGAAGAGAAUUUCAGGAGCAUCUCUAUCAAUGAAAAGAAGAUUAAAUAUGACCACUACCUGAUUCCGAAUGCUCUCCUGGAGCUGGCCCUGCUGUUUAUGGAGCAAGGCAGAAACGAAGAGGCCAUCAAACUCCUAGACUCUGCCAAGCAAAACUACAAGAAUUACUCCAUGGAAUCAAGAACGCAUUUUCGCAUCCAGGCGGCUACACUUCAGGCCAAAUCUUCCCUAGAGGAUGGCAGCAGAUCCAUAGUGUCAUCAGUGUCCUUGUAGCUUUGUGCAGCACACCUGGGCUGGAAGGUGAACAGAGACAGCUGAACAGAGCUCCUGGAAACAUUUCAAAACCUCCCUUCCCCCUGCCCUGCCUCUCCUUUGGGGUCCACCGGUGCUCCAGGGGGAUGGCACAAGAAUAUCUGUGCAGAAGCAAAGUCAGCAUUUUCACUAGUGUGGCCAAGGCCUUUGCCAAGGGCAGAGCAGGUGGAGCCCUCUGCCGGCCCUAUCAUACAUACGGGUACUUGUUUUUCACUGUGAUGUUUAAGAGAAUGGAUGAACAGUUUAUCUUUCUUUAGAAAUGGGAUUAUAGUUGGUGUUAAACAAAAACAAAAAACAAACCAAAACAAAAGCAAAUGUUUUCACCCCAGCUGAUCUGGAGGACAAUCUCUUUACAUGAUUACAAAGGCCAAACCGCAUUUCAAACCUCAGCAAGGUCUUUCUUAGCUUCCAAGGGUAGAAAGACCUUUCAGAGGGCAGGGGGAGUUCCUAGUGUCUGUCUUUGACUUCAAAGUCCCUGGGAAUUGGGCAGGGGUAGUAGACAACAUUGAUAUUUACUCAUUCCUUUUGUGACUUUCAGUUUACAAAUCAAGCAGAUAUUUUUAAUGAGAUGAAACUUGAACUUAAUCACUAAUAGGGAAUGGGGAUGCCAAGGCCUGACAGUGUGACCCUCUGGCUGUAUGUGCCAAAGCUAGAAGGUUAGUGGGCAAGGGGGAGAAGGUUCUCAGAAACCAGUUGCAUCCCCAUCUGAAGCCCGUGGGAAGAGCUUAUGAAGCAUAAAAACCUCGUCCUCCAUACCAGGGUUCACGGAUUUCCUUGCAGCAACUACUAGAAUGACUAUUCUUGGCCUACUGUAUGUUUUACGAUUUUUCAGUUAAAAGAGAUAUUUAAAUAAUAAAGUUUAUACACUUA